AUGAAGACUGGCGUCACCGAAAUCGAAGACAGACUUCCGGCGCAACUCGAGUAUACGCUCAAGUGCCCUCCGAAUGUGUUAAUCUUUAGCGAUCAUGAAGAAACGUUCCAUGGCCAUGAAGUUCAGGAUGUGCUGGCCAACAUCAGCCCGGAUAUUCUCGAGCAGAAUCCGGAUUUUACGCUCUACCGCCGUGUGAAGGAAGUUGGACGACUCGGGCUCGAGCCAGACGACUUGACUGGAGUUCGGACGACCGACAACACCACGGACGCGGAAAAGGUGCUCGUGCCUGGCUGGGUACUGGACAAAUGGAAGUUCCUUCCCAUGAUGAACGAGACCUUCCAUCGUUUCCCAGAUAAGAAAUGGUACGUCUUUAUCGAAUCUGAUACAUAUCUGUUCUGGUCGACGGUACUCAAGUAUGUUUCGACUCUGGAUCAUACGAAGCCACAUUGCCUCGGACACCGGACUACCCGCCUGAGCGACCACCAGUUCAUGCAAGGGGGCUCCGGUUAUGUUCUUUCCCACGAAGCUCUACAGCGUGUGGCUCGAUACAUCCAAACCCACCGGAGGAGUCUGGACCUAUGGAUGGAAGGCGAGUGGGCCGGAGACAUUUCUCUGGGCGCGGUCUUGAACGAUGCUCAAGUCCCCAUGACUUAUGCCUGGCCGAUAUUCCAGCCUGCCUUCUUCGGCGUGACAUACUUUGGCAUGGAAUUUGAGAACAGGCGGUUCUGGUGCUAUCCUGCAGCUACCUAUCAUCACAUGACACCAGAGACGAUUGCAGACGUUUGGAGCAUGGAACAGCGGUGGAUCGAAGAGGAAAGUGAUAAUUCCAAUCCCUUCAAAUUCCUGAGCCAGGGAGACGUUUUCAACAACCUCAUGUUGCCACGCAUGCGUUUCCCACGCGAGGACUGGGACAACUACUGCGACAUCGCCCGGCCACUCGCCACGACGGCGGAGGCAUGCAAGCAAGCUUGCCUGGAUGAUCGUGAAUGCAAGCAGUUCCAAUUCGACUCCGUGUCGUUGCAGUGCAAGAUCGCUUUUGUGCCCUUCUACGGAGAGGCCAAGUUGGGCAGCGGCGUGUAUUCUGAAUGGCUUUUUGAUCGGAUUGAGAAGUGGAGGAACAGUCAGCGCCCUUGCGUUCGAGAGUCGUUUCUCCGUUAUGGUGAUAUUGACCUCGAGUUGUAA